AUGGAAUCUCAAGAAUAUGAGCCUCCUGAAGGAACCCAGGAAGACGGCAGCAAGAAUGAAGGUGCUGGCAACAACCCAACAUUCAGUCUAGCUGGGCCCGGGGCACCCAAUCCUCCGAGCAACUCAUAUAUCGGAGAGCACUAUCGCGACUACAAUCCUCAAUAUGGCAAAGAGAGAGAUGCACCGACUUGGAGUUUAGCUCAGCCUCUUCCCCAUAUUGUCCGACCGGGUAUGCAACAUGGCGCGUUACCAGAAGAUCGAAAAGAAGACAGACAAGCAGCGCAAGAGGAAGGUGAUAAUGCAGGUGAAACACACCAGCAGUCAGGACAACAUCAUCCAGGCUCUGAUGAUGGUUUCUUCAAUACUUGGUCGAGAAUCAGACACUACCUUCGGGAGCCUUUGGCUGAAUGGCUUGGGACAACCGUCGCAAUGAUUAUUGGUCUAUGUGCCACCCUAUCCCACUACACCUCGUCUGGUGAAGCCGGAAGUUACACAUCCCAAAGUGUCGCAUGGGGAUUCGGUUUUAUGGUAGCCAUCUAUAUCACAGGUGGUAUCUCCGGAGGACAUCUCAACCCAGCUUUUUCAAUCGCCAUGUCUGCUUUCCGUGGAUUUCCCGCUCGCAAAUGUGCUAUAUACAUCACAGCACAGCUUCUUGGUGCAAUCACGGCUGGUGGAAUCGCUUAUGCAAUUUAUCACGAUGCGAUACUUGAGGUCGACGCUUCUUCUAAAGUAGCUCAGAAUGCCGGUCCGGCUUCGGAGGCUAUGAUUACUGCGCCGAAAUCAUUUGUUCAUCCCGCUACAGCUUUCUUCACUGAGUUUCUAGGAAGUGCAAUUCUCUUCGGUGCUGUUGUUGCUCUUGGUGAUGAUACGAAUGCUCCCCCUGGAGCGGGAAUGCAGGCUUUCAUUCUGGGUAUACUUAUUUCGGUCGUGAUUCUUGCGUUGGGUUAUAAUACUGGAGGGUGUUUCAACUGCGCACGCGACUUUGGUCCCCGUCUUGUGGCUGUCAUGGCUGGGUGGGGCGGUCACCUUUUUCGAGAAAGUCAUGCUUGGUGGAUCUGGGGUCCCUGGUGUGCCGAUAUCAGUGGAGCGUUAUUUGGUGCACUGGUUUACGAUAUGGCAAUUUUCACUGGAGGUGAAAGUCCUGUCAACUAUCCUCCACGACGACGGAAGCGUGCGUUGCAUGUGAGAACGGUUAAUGUUCGGAAGAAACUUGGGUUGAGACCAAAGAAGAGUAGGGAUAUUGAGAGCUCCAAAACUGGGGACAAGUAA